UAUGGAAUCUAGAUUCUGCAACUCUUCUUCUAGUAAUGCAUCAUCAUAUAGCUCCUAUCAAGCAAAUCAUAUUACCACCAGCCUGGACUGACAAACCAUGGAGUGACUGUUUCCUUUCUGUUGGUGAAGAUGGUUGUGUGGCUCUUGUUUCCCUUGCGACAUUACGUGUUGAGAGGAUGUUCCCUGGACAUCCUAGUUAUACAUCAAUGGUUGCCUGGGACAGCAGAAGAGGUUACUUGGCAUGUCUUUGUAGAAGUAUGCCAGCAUCAUCUGAUUCUGUUGACAUUUUAUACCUGUGGGAUAUUAAAACAGGUGCUCGGGAAAGGAUUAUCCGUGGAUCGGCUUCUCAUUCAAUGUUAGAUCAUUUUUGUAAGGGUAUCAACUUAAACUUCAUCAAUGGAAGUAUAAUGAGAGGCAGUACUUCAGCAUCACCAUUGCUUCUUCCUGUUAGUGAUGAUUCUGGUUCCUCUCAAUCCAGAUCAACAAGAACUGAUGUGGUCACAGUUGCAGUAUCUGAAGUUCAAAAGCUGCAAUCUGAUAGGAAAAGUACAGAUUUUUCAGAAUCAUAUAGUUACUUAACAAAUAACAAUAAAGGAAAGUUACCUUCCAUAAGCAUGAUUCAUGAUGCCAAUUCUGAUUCUGCUGUAAACAGCUUAGCAAAGCAGCUUGCUUUCCAGCAUGUUCGUGAAAACAAGAAACAUCCUAUUAUAUGUUUUUGCCCUUUUCCUGGAAUUGCUAUCCUGGAAUUUGACCUUUCCUCUUUGGUUUCCUUGAACUAUCUUCAAAAUAAAGACGAGCAAACAGUUUCUCAAUCUUCUAAUAUUGCAAAGGAGCAAUCUGUGAAAGAUGAACCUGCAGAUGAUAGUGCUGUUGCUCAAGGGGAUAGAAGUAAUAUUAUGAAACCUGCGUUGGAAGGAUAUUUGCUUCGGUUCAGCUUAUGCUUUCUUCACCUGUGGGAUAUUGAUCUAGAAUUAGACAAGCUUUUGAAGGAGGAAAUGGAUUUAUGCAAACCAGAUGGAUUUGAAAUAGCUGCUGGAAUACUGGGGGAUAGAGGUUCAAUGACCUUGAUGUUCCCUGGUCUAUGUGGUAGCUUAGAGCUUUGGAA